CACACCAGCUAGGGCUUGGUGGCCCUUCUAACCGGGAGAGCUGAGAGAGUCUCUGCGCCAGGGAGGUAAUCGGAGGCACCUCUAUAAUUGCAGCAUCUCAAAACCUUCGUCAUCAGGAAAGCGGUGGAGAAGCAUCAUCCACCGUCUACACCCCACCAGAGAUCACCACUUACUAUUUGAUGAGUCUUCCGGGUCCUCUUUUCUCUGAGUAUUUCGUACGCAGUUUAGAUAAAACUGUGGACUCUGCUUUCCCCCUGAUACAUGGGCGUUUAGAGCAUGAAGGUGUCUUUCGUUUUGUUUGUUCGGUCCGACCUGGUAUUGUCCAUCCUUGAGCUUUACCUGCUGUUUGCCUUCCAGAUUCUUCAGGGCCAUGAAAGAGCCAACACCAUGGUGGCGUUAAUGGAAGUUUAUGGAGAGGAAGAUGAAGCAUACCAGGAAUUUGUUACCGCGGCAACCACGUUCUUCCAGUACUUACUGAAGCCGUUUAGGGAUAUGCGAGAAGUUGCAGCUUCGUGUAAGAGUGAUAUUUUGAAAUCCUUGGGUGAGGAUGAUCUGGGUCCUAAAAGGAUCGUGGCUCUGCAGAAGGAAGCCCAGGAGUGGGCCCGGCAGGCUGACGAAGCGAUCGUCUCUAUUCAGGAUAUCACAGUGAAUUAUUUUAAAGAAACAGUAAAAGCCUUAGCAGGGAUGCAGAAACAAAUGGAACAGGAUGAGAAGAGGUUUGGCCAGGCUGCCUGGGCCACAGCAACUCCCAGGCUAGAAAGACUCAAGCUCAUGUUAGCUCGGGAGACACUGCAGCUCAUGAGAGCCAAAGAGCUGUGUUUAGAUCACAAAAGAGCUGAGAUUCAGGGAAAGAUGGAAGAUCUUCCAGACCAAGAAAAAAAUAUAAAUGUUGUAGACGAACUAGAAAUAAAAUAUUAUGAAGUUCAAUUAGAACUAUAUGAGAUUCAAUUUGAGAUAUUAAAAUAUGAAGAAAUACUACUUAUUACACAGCUGGACUCUAUUAAAAGGCUUAUCAAAGAUAAACAGGAUGAAGUUGUCUAUUAUGACCCAUGUGAAAGUCCAGAGGAACUUGAAGUCAUUGAUCCCGGGAAGGGGCUGCAGGACCAUGAGGAUUUGGAAAUGAAAGCGCUCGGCCGGCAGUGCCGGCAGCUGGAGCGGCAGCGGGGCCGGAUCUGCGCCAGGAGGGCCCAUCUCAGGAACAGGAAGGUGGGCGCCGGUGGCUUUGCUUUCUUUCCCUCCCAGAAAAGAGACAAGAUAAAAGAGCAGGAGCAAAAGAAGAAAGAAUGGAUAAGCCAAGAACGCCAAAAGACACUGCAACGAUUGAGAGCAUUUAAAGAGAGAUGCCCCGGCCGGUCUGCACCAAAGACCCCUUGCCCAGAACCCGACACCCCAGACCUGCCAGGUGGACUGGCCCAGCGGACCUCCUCGCCCACCUCUCAGGGGAAGGCGCUCGUCCGUCCGUCCUCCAGGAAAACCAGAAGUGCUCCCUCCUCCGAAGCUAGCAACGUGAAAACCCCCAAGUGCCAAGACUGUCCUGGAAAUAUCCCUGUCCAGAUGGCUGUUCCAGCUGGUGACCAAACACAGUCCAAACCCAGUGAGGAGCUGUCACUGCUGCCUCCAUCGCCACCCCUGCCGCCGCCUCCCCCUCCCCCUCCUCCACCUCCGCCUCCACCAGCACCUCCGCUCCCUGCUUCGUCCUUUUCUCAAUCUGCGAAUCAUCAGAAUUUACACCUCAGGACUUCAGUAAAAGAUGACCAGCCACUCCCUCUCGUGUGUGACUUGCCUGCUGAAAGGCAGCGUGACUCCUCAGGCCAUUUUAAAUGUCCAGUUUCAGGGUCCAUGGACGAGGUGCUGGCCGCCCUGAGGUGCGGCAGAACCCCGCUCCAGAAGGUGGAAGUGACCACGCCGACCCCUCCCUGCACCUCCAUCAACGAGCACAUCCUGGCAGCCAUAAGGCAGGGCGUCAAACUGAAGAAAGUGUACCCGGACCUCGGCCCCGGCCCCGGCCCCAGCAGGAAGCCAGCCAGCGACCUGGAGCGGAGCAUCAAGGCUGCGCUCCAGAGAAUCCAUAGAGUGUCCGCCGACUCGGAGGAGGAGGAAGAGGACGAGGGGGAGGAGGAGGAGGAGGAGGACAGCCCCGGGGAGUGGGACCACUAGCUCUUCUCCAGGCUGAGGGCUGCGUGAAGCCACGGGGCCAGGCCUGCUGCUGACAAGCACGUGAACAGGGUAGUGUGGCCGUGUGACCCCCGGAGACCUGCAGGGCCAUGGGCCGGGCAGCAGCUGCUGCUUCAUGUUGUGGCUUUAGGACCCGAGAGUGGAGAGGUGGUGGCUGCACACACCAGACCGUAUUUGGGAUCUGAGAACCCGUAGUGAGUAUUGCUGGCAUAGAGACUAGUAUUUAUUUCUCACCGUGGAUGUUCUAGAUCAGCCGUGGGCAAACUACGGCCCGCGGGCCGAAUCCGGCCCGUUUGAAAU